UAUAAUAGCAACUAGGCCUAGUCACGAUUCUUCCGGUUCCAGAGAGUGGGGAACAACGAAAGUACGGGAAACACGAUUCAAAAUGGCCUCCAGCUAACGUGUUACGACGCCUAGCUGCUUCUACUAUUCAUUUCAACCUGUGUUAUGCCUUGUUGAUCUUUGACCGUGGCGUUCUGGUUUGUAAACAUGUAUGCUACACUGUUGAAAUAAAUAGGCGUAGUCUGGGUUACAUGGCACGGCAUUGUGUUCAUUAAUUUGACCCUUGAACUCCACUUUGUACAUUUCAAUGUAAAGUGUCGUAAGCAGGUGUGUGCUGCACAAGAACUGUACAUUUCAGAGUAACAUGUUGUAAACAAAUGUGUGCUCCACAUUGGUACGAACUCAGAAUCUUUAGCAGUAUAGGCCUAUAGCUACCUCUUAAUCCCAGGAAAUGUUUUAUUUCUACAUCAUUAACAUUGCUUAGAGAAAUUCAGGACGUACUGUUGACUUCUUUAAUGUCGAGACGGGCAUGUUGAACAGUGUGUUGCUGGCCUUGAAGACUUCACCGAUUGAAAACAGAUGGUUUAUGGAACUCUUGCCGCGAGGGAAUCGUACGAGCACCACAUAUCGUCAGCCAGCAGAACUUUGCCCUGUCGUUUUUUAUGAUCAGACACAAUGGCCGAGUGGGAUGGAGGAGACAGCAGAAAACACGCGGAGAGGAAGGAGCAGACAUCCCCCACUGACGACUCGGAAGACUCAGACGAAAUAACUCCUGAAAAACUGCACAAGGCACUAGUGAAACUUCAGAGUGGAGAGCUCGAGAUUCCAAGCGAUGUGAAUAAAACCAUCUUAGAGAAUAUGAUGUUCACAGGUUUGAAGUCUUUUGGGAGAGAGGAUCUAGUCCGAGAAUUGCAAGGUCCUACUCGGACGCAGGACCAGUUUAGUCUUGGUCUCUUUUCCACUAAAAAAGAGUCACAGAAGCAACCAAGCAGGUCACCUCAGCAAACCCCUGAUUCCACAACAACACCCGAACAGAUAUCCGACAUGAUGCUGGAAACGAUAGCAGAUGAACUGAGUGACAUAUCGCUGCAGGAGUUGGUUGAAAGCCUCGGCUUGUCCUUCUCGGAAAUCUCUGCCCUCGUAUCUCAGUUCUACGUUGACGAUGCGAUAGCUAACGGUGUUGUUCUUUACUACUGGAAAAGAAAAUAUCCCCACAAUCAAGUGGAUAGUCUCUGCGCUGCACUGGAAAAGCUUGGCAGAAGUGAUCUUGCUGUUCAGUUGCGAGAACCUCCACAAAGAGAACAGAGCAGUCUGGCAUCUCCCGGUGAAAAAUCGAGGAAUCAAGCGUGCCCCUCACAGGAACAAACCGCUGAAGAUGCUACAGCAGAACCACAAGAAUUGACCGGAGGUCCCGAAGACACAUCAGACCAGUCUGGUCAGCUGUCUGAUUUACGGCCGCACACGUCAGAACUAAGCACGGCAGGUGCUGCAGCAAAAAUACGAGAGGAACCUACUGAUGACAUACUCUACGGAAUAUCUCUGCAAUGUGACCCACGGAAAUUACCUGAGCUGGCUACGAAACUAGGCUUUGGCCCUGAAACAGUACCAGUACUUCAUGCAAGCUUUCCCAAUAACGUGGUAGAUCAAAUCUUCCAUCUUCUCGUUAACUGGAGACAAAAACAGCCCACAGACGUGUACAAGCUCGAGGCCCUCCACCAGAUUCUAGCAUCAGAGGAGAUCUUCAUGCCGGGGGAUCCACUCUUAAUGCUACAAGCACAAAAACCAUCCGGUGGACCAAGAUCGCACAGCCGUACCGAUGAAGCCGCUGAUAGCUGCGAAAAUGCACUAAGGACUUGUUACAUUGGAUCUUGUAGCUAUGUCGGCGCGCUUCCGUGCGCCCUCGACGACAAGCAACACAUGAAUACAUUCACAGAAGUACAGUUAGUUGGGGCUGCCAAGGGUACAGUUAGACUAAAGGAGACUAGUCUGGCGCCUGGAAGUUUCAGUGGUACUAGACUGAAAUCAUACGAGGACAUUUUUCUCUUUAAAACAAAAGAGGGUAAACCUGUUUUGGUAGCGGUUGUAAACGGCUUGCACGGAACGGGGAAAACGACACUCUUUGACAAAAUGGCGUAUGACUGGGCCUGCGGUGUCAGUGAGACACUAAGGAAGUAUAAACUUCUUUUCAAGUUAAAAAUGUCAGUUCUUGAGGAGAGUUCAGAUCUUAUUGAGGCUGUUUUUGACCAACUCUUAGAAGAAGAAGCAAACAUAGAGAAAGUGGCCUUGAGAGAGUAUGUUAAGAAUGAUGAUAAAAAAGUGCUCGUUCUUCUGGAUGGCUCUGAUGAGUUGGUGGCUACCAAGCUGGAUGAAUCCUCAUUCGGCUCCGUCCUAAAAAUCCUGAGUCGAAAGGUAUUUAGAGGCUGCACUGUACUUGUUUCAACACGCCCCUCCCAUUUUGACAGGCUGGUAACAAAGGAAUUGGUUCAUGAACCUUUCACACAUGUUAGGAUCUUGGGGUUCAGUGACGCCAAUGCUGUUGAGUACGUGCACAAGUUUUUCAAGGUUAAUAAGGAAGAUGCCGCGAAGCUCGCCAGAAGGAAGAAGGACGAGCUUGCCCAUGUGUCUGUGGAAUCAGCUCAGGCUGAGGGGAUUUUGGAAAGGAUUCGCUCUUCUGCCGUCUUGUCCCGAUUAGCAAAGACUCCAAUGCUGCUACUGUUCGUUUGCUUAUUGUGGAGAGAGAACGAGACACUCCCAGAGACACUGACAGACAUGUACAAAGACACAGUCGAUUACAUCUUCAAAUCAAAAGGCAUACCAGAAGAAGAAAUAGCAAACGUUGUCCCCGAUAUUGGUGAGGUUGGCUUAAAGCAUGGUCUUCUCUCCGAAGAUCAAGGGAUCUUUUUGAGGGAUGGUCACUUUAAACAAGGUGUGCUUGAUAUAGCGCUACGAGCAGGCAUUUUGACCAAACAGAGAGUUCUCAAGAAAGGGCUGCGAACUCAAAACAUAGUACAGUUCAUUCACUUGACAUAUCGGGAUUUCGCCGCUGCUGAGUACUUGAAGAAUCUAUGGGGAGUUGAUGUAGAUGAAUUUCAGAAAGCCCUCAACCAAAUCAUGUCGAAACAUGUAGCAGGGUUGGAGUAUCUUCUUCGGUUUUGUUGUGGUGUCAACCCAGCAUGUACGCCUGAGAUACUGAAGCAAUUUCAGGAGAGGUUUCGGGAUGACUUAUCAUUUGACUCGAUGCGCUGUCAGCUGGCACUACACUGUUACUUUGAGGGUCAGUCAAAGUUUCUACCUCCAAAGGAAUUCAUAGAUGCAGUCGUAACUGAGGACAUUGUCCUUGACAGUCGUGAAAAUGAUAGUGAUCGUCUGAUCUCAAUGGCCUAUUUUCUGAAGCGUGUUUCACAACAUGAAACGGGGAGGGGCACCCGACACCUUGCCAAGAUACAGACACUAGACUUCGAAAGCUUGGAUUUGACAGUUUGUGUCGAGGAUUUAGCUGUUGCCAUGAAGGAAAUGGCGAAUUUGCAUACUGUACGGUUCGAAAGGUGUGCACUUUCGGAAAAAGCUAUGGGACAUAUUUCAGAUUCCCUUGUGAGUGUACCAUACUUGGAGGAAAUGAAUAUUUCCUUCAACGGAUGCCUUGGUGGUACUGUGGCGUCAUGGUGUAUGGAGUUCAAACAGUUUCAUAAACUUCGGAAGUUAAACAUGGGUCACUGCUCAUUGCAUGGAGAAGACAUCAAAGCUAUGGCUGAGUCGGUGAAGGAUUUGCCAGAACUGGACGAACUGAAGCUUAAUGGAAAUGACUUGGGUGGUACUGGAGAACAGUGGUGCCAUGUGAUACAGUUGCCAAACCUUAAGACGCUGGACUUGACUCGCUGCUCAUUGAAAGGACAGGACGUCAAAUGUGUGAUGGAGACAUUAACGAGUCUGCCAGUUUUGGCCGAACUGAACCUUUCUGGCAAUAAAGAGAUGGCUGGUACAGCAGCCUCGUGGUGCAACCAUUUAAGGCUUUUGUCUCACAUAGAGAAGCUGGAUUUGAGUGACUGCUCAUUGAAAGGAGGCGAUGCUGUACAUGUUCUUAAGGCAGUGGGUGAUCUUAGCUUGGUUGAACUAAACCUCUCUGGUAGUGACCUAGCUCAUACAGCAGACCAGUGGUACAAGCGAUUACAGCAGUUAAAGAAACUGCAGAAACUGGGCUUGAGUAAUUGCUCAUUGAAAGGGCGUGAUAUUGUGUAUAUCAACGGGGCUCUCAAGGAUCUCACCAACUCCCUCGAACUGAACAUUUCCUCCAACAGCUACCUGCCGGGAACUGGAACUAGGACAUCGUUGGGCUUAAGAGUGGAAGACACGCAGGACCUUACCAAAAUGCAGAGGGGAAUCGACCUUUUGUUUAACAUGAGAGACGUGUGCCCGUGGUGGUGUCUGUCCUUACAAUAUUUGCGAAGUUUAAGGAGCCUUGAUAUGAGUGGGGCCUGGGUGUCAAUCCACGACAUGAAAAAUAUCGUAGCCUCGCUGUGCGAUCUGCCCAACUUUGUUGAAUGGAAUCUUUCCAAUAACAUCUUACUGGGAGGUAAUGCAGAUGUAUGGGGCCCAGACCUGAAGCAGCUGCCACACAUCCGCAAGUUGCAUUUCAGAGAUUGCCACUUGAAAGGAGAGGAUAUCUCACACAUUGUCGAGUCGCUAAGUUGCAUACCCAACUUGAUUGAAUUGAAUCUCGCCGGCAAUAACCUGAGUAACGCAUCGGUAUGGAGCCAGUAUUUGAAGAGGCUGAUAAAUCUCAAGAAGCUUAGUUUGAAAUAUUGCUCGCUGGAGGGAGAUGAUGUGACUCGAGUUGCCGAGUCUCUCAGAGAUGUACCAAAUCUUGUUGCAUUGGAUCUUUCUUCCAAUUUUCUGAAUGGCACAGCAGCUUCAUGGGUCACACAGUUGAAAGAGUUGAGACAUCUCAAAAAGUUGAACUUAGCAUUCAGUCUACUGUCAUAUAAGGACAGGAGGUGCAUCAAGGACUCACUCAAAGCGCUGGCAGAGAAAAAUGGACUCGUUGUCAAGUAAUUUUCACGUUAAGUGCACAUGCUAUUCAGUGUUUCAUUUAGUGUACUGCAUUGGUCGUCUACCACCACUUCAUUCUCCAGCUUGCUGCUUUGAUCACAUUCGACCAAAGUGCAUGCAAAUGAAUUCUGUCACUUCGAUCCUGAACCCAACCAAAUCUUUAUAAACCGUUGAGCAUGGUAGCACCUAGCUGAAACGCUGUUGCUUACUUUACAGAAUUGUAGCGGAAGGUUUUUUUAUGCCAUGCAAACAAAACUGCAAAACGGAAAAAAUGAGAGCUCGACACUUUCUUGAAAUGUGUUAACAAAGAGUUUAUGGGGGAGCCGCAGUUUUGCCUGGACAAAGCUGCUGUUUCAGGAUAUUUGCUCUCUACUUAUGUUUUCCCCGGGGGUGUAACCUCCAAACGUUCACCCCUUACUGCCCCCAAGUUUAACUCUCUGUGCUACGAUGGCUGCGAUUAUUUGCCGUGCCAUCAAGAUACAUUCUCAGUAAUUCUUUGGGUGGCAUGAUCCAAUCAUACGCGUGAAUCCAUCAAGAUGCCGCAACAUAGGAAGGGGUCUGAACUCUUUUCAGUUGUAUGGCUGUCAACAAUAAUAGGACCACACCUGUCUUCGGGGAGGGUAGUCAGUAGAGUCAGACUGACAAAUCACGCUGCAGUGAAGAGGGUUGGAUCUAGAGGAUCUCGAUGGAAACAAGUAAAUUUCAAAAUUUCUGUCCUCUUUUCGUUGAGCCUUUUCUUCUCCGUUUUGCCUUCCUUGAAGAAAUAGUUUCCUUCAUUGUUUCCUAAGGGACGCAAAGAUCAAUUUUCCUCUUGACAACCGCAACCAGUCGGAUGAUACCUAGCUUACCCCUUGGUUGCUUUCAGGAAGUGGACGUGAACGGGUGGCUUUGCCAACUGUUGAAAGGGCUCGUAGUCUACAUAAAAAUCAUUUUGUCAGUACAUAUGGUGAUAUAAUUAAUGUUAAGGUCCAUAGUUUGAGGACCAAACAAUUGCAGAGCUCAACCUUUCCUCACACGACGACUUAUACCUUGAGAGGCCUGAUUCAUGAUACGGUCCGCUGUCCUAGGGGCUCACAGUUUACAGAGGCCUACUUCCUCAGCACAGAUUGAUGAUGUAGACCAAUUAAGGUUGAGUUCUUGGUUUGAGAGACUGAACAUUUACAGAGGCGGCUGAAACGCACCCAAGGCUUUCGCGUCACUUACAGUCGACUGAAAUGGUCUCCCCGGUCGGUUUCAUGUAGUCAUGGCGAAUUCUAUUAAAGUAGGCUUACAACUUCCCACAGUUCUUUCCUUGUUGUCUCUGUUUCAUACAAAAUGGCAAAAGCUCAAUGGUCUUAGGUUCACCAGCUUCGAGAGCGUAAGAGGGCGUUUGGCUCUUUCGCUCACCUCAGCUUUUGCUCCUGAUGUCUGCGCUAGUAAGCGGGAGGUUAUGUGUCCGAGUCCCACCCGAACACAACUUGUGUUUUUUUUCACAGCUCUCUGACAGGGGGCUGAGUGAACAGUGUUUAAGAAUAUACUUCGGGUAAGAGCAAAAGCUGUAAUUAAAAUGUUGCUCUUGAUGUUUCAUCGGAAGAUUGCAAGUUGAACAACACCGGCCUGAACACGGCUGCAUAGGUUUAUAGGCUAAUAAACACGUCCCAAGUGCUUACAUAAGUAUUGAUCACUAAAAUGUCAAUGCUUAUGGUUAAGGUUCGAACACAUUCAGCACGUGUGGGUUUAACUUAAGCUUCAUCAGCCGAACUGUGCAUCUCGUAUCAGCAAAAAAACAUACCAUGUGGAUAUUACUCGGAGUAUUAUAAUAACACAGAUACUCUAAUGUGACACUGGUUCUUUUCAUAAGCCCCAUUCGAUGUAUUUUCAAAUGUUUCAUGCAUGUACAUGGUAAAUUUAUGAAAACAAGUAGGAUUACUUGAUUCUUUGUUUCUAACAUUCGUACCGUGUCUUUAGAGAUGAGGAUUCUUUCAUUGUGGUGUUAACUGUGCGAUUUUAUUCCUGAACUCCGAGCAGUGUAAAGAAGCUCAGACUGAAGUCGUCUGUUAUUAAUUAUGUGGUAUAUUUUGGUCAUCAACCUGCUGGACACACAAAAAAAGGGCUUCCAAAAUUUUUUUAAGUGGCUCAAGACAUGUGGCUUUAUUUCCAUUUCCCUGCAUCUAUUAUCAGAAUCUGAUCAGAAUGUCACAUUUUUGACCGUUUAGUUGCAAUAUAAUGUGGAAAAUUCAUUGUCAAUUUACUACAGUUCAUCUAGUCAAGAUUCCUACUGGAACGUGCAUCAUGUUACAUUUUUACUUUUUACUUCAAUUUUAAAAACACAUACCUUUGCUUUAAAAAAAUAUGAUUAUGAUAAUAAUUAUUAAGCUAUAACAGGACCACGAAGAAAGCAGAAAUUUCACGUUAGAGAUUAGAUCCUGUUCAGUUUUUAUAACUUUCAAAAAGGUUUAGGAUAUGUAUCAAAACCAUCUGACUUCACAAGUAUCAAGAUAGCAAAAUGGAAAAAUCAUUUCCAAACGUAUCUACCAAGA